CAUGACAUUUCCGCAUGUCAAUAAAAAAUACUGAAGCCAAGAAGAAGAAGAAGUAGGUAGUUAAUGUGGAUGUGUGGACUCUACUGUGCUCUACUGGUUUCUUUUUUUUGCUUCCCCAAGUGCUCAAAGUUAACAAGCAGACUUUCGGUCACAUGAUGCCCGAACAUACACCAGUUGCCAGGUGCUGCCUUUUCUCAAGGAAACACUCCGGAGUAAUUUAAAAAACACGGAUUUUGAGCUCUAAAGGAGACUGAAGACUGAAGUGUUCACAUGCUGAAAUUAAAGUCAAAGUUUGACCUGCACAGGGAUGUGGUGGCUGAUAUCCUCAGGAAGGAGGCGUCGGUCUGCAGGGUGAAAGAAUACUCUGGAGCAGUGGACACUCGUAUCCUGAACAUUGAGAGCGACGGGGGCAUCCUUUACUCCUGGAAGGGAGCAACAGGGACCACCAGAAUUGGGAAAUAUGACUCCAACACCAAACAGAACAAGCUCCUGUACACAUUCGACAAGCAGGUGUGUGUCAGCAGCUGUUCCCUGAACAAGGAGGAGACGCUGUUAGCUGUCAGCUUGGCACAAAACACCAGAGGAGAGGAGCGCCUCAAACCAAUAUCCAAGUGUCUAACUCUCCUGAUUGAGAUCCAGCCCAUCAAUAACACCAAAGUCCUCAAGGCAGUGGACUGCAGGGUCAAAGUGCAGUUCCUUCAUUCAGAAACUGACAGGAGAUCAGUGCUGGAGAGCCACCUCCUACUGCUGACUGAGGAUGGAUAUGUGGAUCUCUACCAUGUUCUGCUGACGAGACAGGAGGGUUAUAGAGUGGUGAUGGCGAAUCCUGAGCGUUUGUCCAAAACAGCUGAGAGAAUAGUGGAGGACUUCUGCUGGGUCCAGUGGGACGGACACACACAAAGACUCUACUAUCUCACUCAUAAUGCAACACACACACAGGAAAAGUUCCUGAUGCGAUGUGUCCAGUUUUACCUCAACCAUAACUGUGAAAUUGUGUUGGAACUCCCAUUAGAGUUGCCUGCUAAUCCUUUCCACGCAGUCAAGUUUGUAAAUCUGGGUUUUGACCAUUAUCACAUAGAGAGACCAGAGCAGGAGCUUGUUAGGAUGGAAGUGUUCACCAACGGAAUAGGAAGCAUGUGUGUGUGCUACAGCCAACCACUUAAAGACAAACAAGAACUGAUCUACACCGUUGUGUUACUUCACAAAGACUGCAGCAAGACGUUCAGAGUAUCUCUGGGCGGCGACCAGCCCCCACAGAAAGCCACACAGCUCCAUCCGCUCUUCAUCCCCAUAGGUUACUACAUCCUGGUGUAUCUGCAGGGUUAUUUCUUCCAUUGUAUCAACACCAGGCAGCAGGAGUUGCUCUGUCACUCCCUCUUUCUCUCAGGUCUUGACAUGGACUCGGGCCUGCAGUGUCAGUCGGCUAACGUGACAGUGUUGCAUGCAGAGGAAGAGUCUAGCGGCAGUCUGUUGGACCUGGCCAGUGGGAGGAUCCACACUGCUGAACUUAGCCCUGCCUACUUGCUGCAGAUACUGCGAUCAGACACUCCUAGGUGUCCCAGCAGUAAGACUGACCCUCAGCGCCUGGCUGCCCUCCACUGCCUGCUGGUUUACAUGGGAAAUGACCCAAACCUGGAGCUGAAGAUUAUUGAAUGGCUGUGUGACAACGUGAACGCCUUCGAAUCCUUUGAUCAGAUCCAAGAAUUCAUUCUAGCUUCUUUGUACAGAAUAAGUUAUGAGAAGUCUCUCAGCCUGGAUAAAGUCCUGCCCUACUCCUCUGUAUUUGACAAAAAGGAGAUACUACGGUGUCUGUUGGAGGUCCCUGGUGUGUUGUGUACCACUGAGCUGCAUAUUGAACUUGUGCUCCAAGGAAAGGCCAGAAGUCUCCAGGGUUUCUGGUCGGAGCUGCAGUGGAACACAGAGAGGACAAAAUACCUAGAUGCUGUUCCCAACCCCAGAUACAGAACCUCACACAUACAAGCCGAGUGGGAUAAACUGAGGUCCGAGAGGAGACCAUCCAGCCACAUGAAUCACAUGGAGGAGAACACAAAGAAAGUUCUAUCAAUGGUGGACACCUGGCGUCUUGAUAAGAAGCUUGUGCCACUCUUUCAGGAGGAGGACCGUCAACAGAGGCUGUUCAUAGGCCUGACGGUUGACAAGCUUCGAGAGCAUCUCAACAGACACCUGCCUCGACUGGGGAAGAAGAAGAUUGACUCGCUGGUUGUCAACUACGUAGCCAAACUGCUGGAGCUCAUCAGACACAUGCUGGAGUCAGUCUGGCUGAAGCAUAAACUCGGCCCUCGUGUUUUGUGCUUCACACAGCGGGGCAGUCCAGCCGAGUGGUCCGUGUUUCACUUCAUGUUUCGGAUCCUGGAAGCCACGAGAGGUCUCUGCCUACCCCUCCCACCUGGCUAUCACACCCUGUUAGCAGUGUUUGCUGUGCGCUGCCUCCCUCAUCACACCUUCCUCCAGUACAUUGACCACGGUGUCCUGCAGCUCACUGAAACUUUUGUGUCUCGGCUCAUGACAGAUUUGGACAACAGCGAUGCCAACGAGAGACUGAAGUUCAGCAUACUUAAGAGACUCCCCGAGCCUAUGGAGCAGACAAUCUACCACAUGUGGGAUCAUCCUGUCAGUUCAGCUUCAAUCUCCAGAGAUUAUGUCAGAACUCUGCUGGAGAAACACAACAAAAACAAGGGAUUUGCAUUCACCGACAGAGACAAGCCGGGCGUCAGACCUGAGUUUCUGCCUCUUACCUAUCUGGCAAAAAUACUCUCUGAUAUAGAAGAACAAGCUCUGAACCCUUUCGAGGAGCAGGAGAACGUGGAUGCCCGGUUCGUGGAGGAGACGGCUCUGAAACAGACACUAAUACAGCUGGGCUUUGAGGAAAAAUGAAGGAUGUGGAUGGGAGCAGAAGGAGCAGGGGAGGGACAGUGGAUGGAUGGAUUACGGUGGUAAACAGAUGAGGGGGAAAAUGCGUUUGAGGGAACAGUCAUCAUUGACUGGGCCUUGAGGACAAGUAACGGAUGGCUGGGUGAUGGAGGGCGAGAAGCGAAAGAUGAAUGGGGGGAUUGAAAGUCAGAGCGCUCAUAAACAACUGUUUGAUGACAAAUUAGGGUGGGGCGGAGGGACAGAUGGAUGGAGACGCCCAGAAAGGGAAGAUGGAAUAGGAGGCAGAGUGGAUGGGGAAAAAAUAGACCCUGCUUUUUUCCCCACCUCUUGUUUAGUAAAUACAAAACUCACAGCAGCACCUAUUUUUUUACACAACACAACAAUGAGUGAGUAUCAAAAGUAAUAACACAACAGGGGGACACAGUUUGGAUCUUCAGCCGGUGGUUUGAUUUAAUUUGGGAAAACAUGCUUUUCAGAUUUUGAGUGGAAAUCAAUAACCGCAGGCAGCUAUUUAUAUGAACUCAUAUUUCUGUGGCGGCAACAAUUCUCUCCAGAGCCCUCGUGACCUCUCCGCUUUCUCUCGCGCAAAUUUAUGAACGUCGGUGUCAAAUACCGCAAACAGUAUUUAUAAAUCAAACACUCUUGUUUAUCCUCCUGUGUUUCCUGUAAUGCUGCGCUGCACCCCAUCAACUUGAUUACAUGCUGACAAAAAAAAAGGCCUUCGAAGACAGAGUAGCUUGAUACGGUCCGUCAGUGGCAGCCGUGCAUUAAAUCUGAUUUUAAGCACGAGUUAGACAGAAUCUUUGCAGCUGAAUAACUCCGGGAGACUGACUGGCACAGGCAAAGAUUUAAAAUUACAACCCUAAAUGGAUAUUUAGAUGUUGGAAACUGAAUGUAAGGAUAAACGCAAACUCUUACUCCUCAGUGAUUGUUACUUCAUACCAAAACUGGUAUACUGACAGGAUGUGUUCAUAUCAGGAACAUGUCUGAAAUGUUCAGGAAAUUCACUGUUUGUUGCUGGAUGUCAUAAUAAGGGCUGCGUGUCAUUUCAGUGUUUUGAUUCUGGUGCGUUUCUGUACAAAAUGAUACCUUACUUUGAUACAAUAGAUGUGUUUUUCUACAGAACCUCAGUUAUCAAAUCUUAAAACAUCAGCAAGACAAAAGCAAUCCUACAAGAACUAACUAAAAAAAAACAAGUAAAAUAGUGUAAAAGUUGGUAAAUUAUGAUUUAAAGUGACACUGUUUAACUUUUCAGUCCCCCCCAGGCUUUCACUGCAGCUUUUCAUGUUGCUUUUUAGGUUGCUUUUAGGUAUUUUUUGCAAUGAAAUUGAGUAACAAAGGGAUAACUGCAAAAAUAGUUAUAAAUAAUAAAUAGCAUAAUUUGUUAAAAAUUUAAAGACAACUUGUUCCAGUGAGAAUAAAAUCGCUCUGUUCGCAGGGUAAAUGUGAGACGUUUGUUCACACACGUCUGCGUCUUCGUAACCAGGAACAAUGCAGUCAGUGUGGUGACGUAGGGCUCAGUGUUUUGUACAGGAAACUGCAAUGAUUUGGUCACAUUUGCAGAAGAGUUGCGAUGACUGGACAAAAUUGCAACAGGGAUUGGUUGAAUUUGCAUUAAUCGUUAAUCGAUCGCAACAUUGCAACAUCCUGGAGGAUUGCAACAUCCUUUAAAUAAGUAACAUAUUCUUAGUACAAAAUGAUCGCUUACCUUAAUAAAUAUAAAUAUAAAAACUUUGGCUUACUAGUAUUGUAACUAGUGUGAUUGAGACUAUUUAUAAGACAAACUAACACAUUCUUACUCAUACAGAAAGUUGGAUUCAUAAGCAAUAAAACACUAUUGCUAAAUUCCAUACUCUCAGGGUUUUGGUAUCGCUUAUGAUGCAAAAAAACAAAACAAAACGUGAUAUUGUCACUUCCUUUAAGCUGAUCAGCCAAGUUACUGCGUCUCACUUUAAAUCAGGAACUAGCUGACCAAAGAAAAAUGGGGAUCAUUAAUCUGAUCAGCCGGCUUUUCGUAUGAGUCCGGGAAAGGGCAGACUCAACCGACUUUAGUAACUUUAUUCAUAUGGCACAUUGCGAAAUCUGCCUACAAAAUGCUUUACAUACCAUAAAAUCAAACAAAGAUAGUGCAGUGUGGAUAAUAAGGAAAUAAUAACAAAGAAAAGCCUGACGUUCCUCAGUCUUCCGGCUCACACACACUCACACACACUCACACACACUCGAACGUCUGGUUUGAAUAAUGCACCCAUGUGCCCUCAAUCAUGACUGAGCUCUAACUGUAAGUGGAGAAAUUCUUUUGUAGUGGUGCUGCGUGUAGCUUUCGUAAUCCUUUUCACGGCGGCUGAAUGUUGGCACCAUCUGUGACUGAACACCAGAGAUCAUUUACAUCUCGUGUCGAGCUUUGAUUCGAGAAAUUAAGAUUCCUCUGAAGAAAAAAAAAAAAUAAAAGGGAUUUUGUAAUGUUUAUUAUGUUUACACAAAAAAAAGUUUUGUAUGAUGAAUUGUGAAUAAAGAGAUUUUUACUGUA